AUGACUACCCUUGCAGAAAAAGCUGACGGGAGGAAUAUUUUGUUCUGGAUAGGAUGUGGCACUGUUCUGAUAUCUACUACUUGCCAGAAUGUAGGGAUGUUCAUUCAGAAAAAAUCUCAUUUACGGCAGCAAAUGCGUGACAAAACAGCCUCGCCACGGUAUUGGCGAAGCGUUGGCUGGUGGGUGGGCAUUGUUGUCUUUGUCUUCGGGGUAAUAAUGGAUUUUGUGUCACUUUCUCUACUCCCCACAACUGUGACACUUCCGCUGGGGUCAGUGGGCCUGGUCAUCUCUCUCCUCUGCUCCCACUUUGGACUACACGAACGUCUAUCCUGUUAUGACAUCAUCGGUCUUGUGUUUGUAAUUACUGGCGCGUGCAUCACCAUGAUCUUUAUACCAAAGGAGCGCUCUCUCUUGACAGUCCCCGUUCUGCGCGACAUGCUCCGGGUCAAGAACAUAGAGCUGUGGUAUUUUCUUGCAUUCUUCUUGCUGACUCCCGCAGUAGUCGGAGUAUCAUUUGCACUGCCGUGUGCGUUAACGUAUGGAAUCUGUCCUGGAGUUAACGGGACUAUCACGAUGAUCUGUGGGAAGAUAAUUGGCGAGCUAACGCUCCAAACUUUGUUCUAUAAUAGCAAUCAAAUGAAAUACAUCGAAUACUAUGCUUUUGUUCUUUGCAUUGUGCCCUCCGUGCUGUGCCAGAACCACAUGCUGCAACGAGCCUUAGCUCACUAUGAUAAUAUGAUUAUCGUCCCGGUCUACUAUGUUUCUCUGACCAUCCUUAAUUGUUUGACGGGCUUGCUUUUCUUUAAAGAUUUCUCCAAUAUUACUGUCGGCUCCAGCCUUGCAUUUGCCGCGGGGAUUUUGAUUGUGUGCAUUGGUUGUGUUUUCCUUAGCAUUACACAUAUUAAUAGUCCAAACCGUCUAGAAUCAUUCCGAACAAAGAAUACCUGUCCCGAUGGACCCGUAAUUCACAUGCAUACCACAUGCUUACAGACUAUCUGCCCGCUCAGCGACCUGGACAAUAUAGUUGAUAAACCUGAAGUCAAGCGAAGGGUUUGUAGCUUUCGGAAACACCAACGGCCGCAGGUCUAUGAGCAAUCUCCGUGUAAAAUAGUGACGGGGCAAAAGUGCCCCCCUGUAUGCAGCCAGCAAUGA